UAGGCUGCACCUUUCACUUCCCCUGCUGUUACUCGAUUUCUCCUUCCCUGCCUGCCACCUUGCUCGGAAGGUCCCCCACCCAUCCAUCCACCCUCAUUCCAAACAAGAGCCUCGCCUUGCACAGGUCAACUUCGUUCCUUUCUCUCUCUCUCUCUCUCUCUCUCUCUCUCUCCUGACGCUCUUUCUGCUGCUGGCUUUAAAACUGUGUUUCUCUGCAAAGAAAACAGACUCGCAUUUCCCCGCCUCUCCUGCCUGGUUUAUUGGACUCUGGUACAAGCUUAUAGAAGGGCAGCGGAGGGAAUCCUCAGCCGAAGUGAGCCCAGGAGGGCGGCAAGCCAUGGGGGCAUCCGACGAAGAAUAUAACUUCGUCUUUAAAGUGGUCCUGAUUGGAGAAUCCGGAGUUGGGAAGACUAACCUGCUCUCCCGGUUCACCCGCAACGAGUUUAAUCACGACAGCCGCACCACGAUCGGGGUGGAGUUCUCCACUCGCACCAUUCUGGUGGGGGAUGCCCUGGUGAAAGCCCAGAUCUGGGACACAGCUGGGCUGGAGCGCUACCGUGCUAUCACGUCAGCCUAUUACCGGGGAGCCGUGGGUGCCCUCUUGGUUUUUGAUAUCACCAAACACCAAACCUACGAUGUGGUGGAGCGCUGGCUGAAGGAGUUGUAUGACCAUGCAGAGGCCACCAUCGUUGUGAUGCUGGUGGGCAACAAAACGGAUCUGGCCCAAGCCCGGGAGGUUCCUACAGAAGAAGCCAAGAUGUAUGCAGAAAACAACGGCCUGCUGUUUAUGGAAACCUCUGCACUGGAUUCCACGAAUGUUGAACUGGCUUUCGAAACUAUUUUGAGAGACAUUUACAACAAAGUGCAGCAACAGAAACAGAAAAGCCCCCUGGACAGCACAGUUUCACUCUCUGCUGAACACACUGAUGCCACAUCUGCCUCUCAAGCCGUGGAAAGGAAGCGCACCUGCUGCCUGAACAUCUGAGUGGCACAUGGGGAACAUUGCCCAUGCUGUGGAACCCAGCACUGGGGGUGGAGAAGGUUCCACACUCUCUGGAUAAUUGGUGGCCAAGAUGUCUGUCUUGCCGUAGCCUCAAUGGUCCUGGGGGUAGCUUUUAAAACUUUUUUGGCCAGGUUGUACUACCUAAAUCUAGGGGACACAAUGGUGUGUUGGGGUGACAAAGCAUCUUGAAUCAGAAUUCUGUCUAUGUGUGUGAACGGAUAUUUUUGCAGACCAGCCCCCCUGCAAAUUCCCAGUCCAGAUAUGAAGCUGUAGUGGGCACAAUCGUGCAGAAGUUAAUUGCAACUAGCAGUCCUGUACCCAGGGGUGCCAUAGCUCUUGUAGGGCCAAUAAAUGUGCAUCAGGAUUGCCUCAGAAUUCCCUGGGCAUGUUGCCAACCAACUUAGUUGAUUGCCUGGAUAGGUAGGUCUGUAGUUUAGCUAAAUGGAGCAUCCAUGUGCAGAGGCAAUGCACUUCUCAAUAUCCAUUGCUUUGGGGGGGGGAACAGCAGGAAGAAGCUCUGCUUGGCCACUAUGGGAAGCAGACCACAGGGUGCAAGGAUCCCCUUGUGGCUCCUCUUAUAUUCUUUUGUUGUAUUCCAAAGUGCUUAUUAGGACAAUGCCUAUAUUAGGCCAAUCAAAACGUCCCAGAAGAGUAUGCAAGCUUUUGAGUCCCCAGGAUUCUUCAUCUGACUUGAUGAAGUGUUCUGGGGAAUUUAAGCUUGCACGCUAUCCUGUGAUGUUUUAGCUAGCCUAAUAAAGGCAUUGUUUUAAUAGGAACUUUGGGAUUUUUCUCUUUUCUAUUUCUGUUGUUACCUCUUCAAGAUGCUUUUGCUAGACUGUUCAGUUUUGAGUAACCAAAACUCAAAGUCUUUGGAUCACUGAGCUGAGAUCCUUGGAAAUGCAUCCCAUCCCAAAGACACAGACAGACCUUUGUGGGAAUGGACAUUUGUCACUAUAUUGUGUGUACAUUUAUACAUAUAAAUAUAUAUAGAGAGACAUAUACAUAGAAUAUAUUUUGUAAAUAAAUUGCUCUGGAUUGUGUAUUUUUAAUUUAUUCCUUUGCUUAAUGUGAUGAUCCUGUGAAAACUAGGAGGGUAUGUAUGUUGGGGAAAACCCAUAAACAAAAGAAGGACAGGGCUUAUUUUGGAGAUAUUUAAGAUUCCUGUUAGAUAUUUCAAGAGUUAAAAAAUCAUUUUGCUUGUAUCAGUUCAGCUUAAUCAGUUCAGCUUGAAAUGCACAACAGCCCUACAAGGUAGGCUGGAAUUAUUGCAGAGGAGUGAGAGUUGUCAUUGUCUGAAGCUGGUUCUUGACUCCGUGGCUGAU